AUGGCUCGAUUACAACCUCUCAGCGUGUUCGCCUUCCUUUUGACAAUUUUGCCCUCCACAACGCUCGCCUCACCCGUUUCACAUCUCUAUAAGCGCGACAUGUCCGCGGGCGCCAAAGCCGGUCUGGGCGUCGGCAUCGCCGUCGCCGCCAUCCUGGCCAUUGGCCUGAUCACCUUCUUCGUCAUCCACCUCCGACGAUCACGACACCUGGCCCAGAUCAACACAGACCGAGCCGUGCUCGCGGGCGAGAAGAACCAAGAUGGCUCAGACAAGCCGGACAAAUUCGCCCCCAGCCCUCCCGCGCCGGCGGCCAUGCCUCGAAGAAACAAAUCCGUCAAAGACCGACUCAUGGGUCCCUUAUACCGAGGCAGCACGAUCGACAUGAUGCCAAUCCCCAGGACGCACAUGAACAGUCAGAACCGAAGCAGCACGGCGACCUUGCAGGGCGCGCAUUGGGACAAUAUCGACGGCCAACCUUUCCUGCACAAACCCUGGGCUCAGGGCGAGAGUUCUCCGAGACCGAGCUUCAGCAGCAAACGGGCCACGCGGAUGAUGAUGAUGAUGUGA